AUGGAAAAUUCCGAAAAUUCCUUUUCUUUUCCUUCAAUACAUAACUUUCCUCCGUUUUACACAUUACAACCAACUCAAACAACAUGGCAAAAUCAGGCCGCACUUUGGUCAGAAAUAAUUUUAUCAUAUUAUAGACAUCAUAAGUUAUAUCGGCUUAAUUUAUCCGAAUCGUUAAAUAGUGAUUUAUUCAAUUUAAAUAGUCAAGGAAUUCGACGAAAAUUAAAACUUGAUACAUUACAAGCGAUAAUCGAUACAAUGGUUUACCGAGGAACAGCAGAAUGGGAUCCACCAUCUAAAAAAGAUUCCGCGAUAAUUUACUGGAGGAAACCAGAAGAUUGGGCUAAUUUAAUUAAUAAUUGGGUAUUAGAAACUGGAAUGUCUAAUUCUAUAGUAACAGUAUAUGAAAUUGCACAUGGAGAUUCUGCUGAGGGGUUCGAAUUUCAUGGAUUAGAUCAAACAAUUUUAAUGAAAGCACUAGAUAUAUUAGUGAAAAAAGGUGUAGCACAAAUAUUUCAAGGAACUAGUACUGAUGACAUGGGUGUGAAGUUUUUUGGGGUUAAUGGAUAA